CUGUUAUUAAUAUUUUUAUUUCAUACAUUUUCUUCCUGGUGCCUACAUUACCCACAAUGCAGCUAACCCCCAAAAGUUUGAUCAGGUGUGAUAUGCUACUAGCAGCUGUAGCCACAACAAGCCACAAGACUCAAGCAGAGAUGGGGAGAGGGCGACAGAGGUAAAUGACAUGUACGUGAGGUUUCAUCAGACGUCAGAGGCCCUGACACACCGUUGUUCCCACUGCUGUGAUGUGGAAGCAGCGGUGACAGCACAGCACUCAGCGCUGGACUUUACUCCUCUGUUUUGUCCGUAUGGCUCAGCUGCCUAUAUAUACUCCACACUGACCUGUGCAGGACACAGACACAGCUGCAGAGUCAGUCAUGAAGUUCCUCGUGGUGCUCGUCCUCGCUGUUUUCACCGGUUGCAAUGCCAACAUCGUGUGGCAGAGCCAGCCCAGUCGCCAGGUCGACAUGGUGAAAGAUGCUUUCUGGGAUUACGUUGCCAUGGCAACCGCGACCGCCGAGGACUCCCUGAAGCAGAUCAGACAGUCCGAGCUGGGAAAGGAAGUGAACACCCUCAUCUCUCAGAGCACCGACGCCGUCAACAAGUUCACCGAUGUUCUGCGUACUCAGGUGGCUCCCAUGACCCAGGACCUCAUGUCUAAGUUCACCCAGGAGGCCAAGCAGCUGAAGACCCGUCUGGAGAAAGACCUGAAAGCUGUGAGCACCAACCUGCAGCCCUACGCCGAGGAGCUGGUGUCUGACCUCCAGAGGCAGGUGGAGGAGCUGAGGAAGGAGGCGACCCCCUACGCUGAGGCCAUGGACCCAGAGACCCUGAAGGCCGUCCUGCUGCAGAAGAGCCAGGAGCUGAAGGCGCAGCUGGAUAAGAGAGUGAACCAGCUGCAGGCCCAGAUGGUUCCCUACACCGAGGAGAUGAAGCAGAAGAUGGAGCAGAGUCUGGAGGAGUUUCAGAGCAGCAUGAUCCCCCUGGCCCAGAGCUUUGAGACCCAGCUGACCCAGAAAACCCAGGAGAUCCAGCGGAACCUGGCUCCAUACGGAGAGGAGCUGAGGGCCAAGCUGGACGAAGACACCCAGAACCUGAAGAAGCAGCUGGAGGCUCUGUGGAGGUCCUUCUCUAAGCUGACCCAGUAAACGGACUAACACCUAACCUAGGUUCUGAGUCAUUCCCUCCUGCCUUCCAGUGAUUUCUGCUGAAUCAUGGAGGUGUUUAUGGGACAGAUGCAAUACCUCAUUUUCUAUGUUUUUAUGCUCAAACCUUCUGAAAAAUGUCAGUAUUUUGUCUUUUGUGUGACUGUUUACAACUGUAAUGUGUUGUCUGUAAAACAACAAUAAAUAAGUUCAAUGAA